AUGGCCUCUCCAGACGUUUAUUAUCUCCAGCCAACAGCGCACUCGCCUAACAGUACCCUUCCCGUCAUUCAUUACAGAGCCGUCUUACCUUCGCCCAGAACGGAGGAAUGUGUGACAGAGUUUCUCACGGCAGGAAAAUGGGAGAAAAGAGGCACAUGGGGCCCAAUAAAUAUCCGGCAUUUUCAUCCCAACAGCCACGAAUGCUAUGGUAUCUUUCAGGGGUCUUCAACCUUACUCUUAGGGGCGGCGACUGGUGACGACGUUUCAGUUGGCUUGAAGUUGGUCGUCAAUGUGGGCGAUGUCAUCGUCCUCCCGGCAGGUACAGCUCAUAGUUCUCUAGAAAGUACAGCGGACUAUCGCUAUGUGGGAGUGUAUCCAGAGAAUUGUCCACGUUGGAGGAAUGAGAUUGGGAGAAGCAGGAUUGAUCUUAGGGUGCUGCGAAAAGAGAUUGCGGCCGUGACAUUACCUGAGGAAGACCCUGUAUACGGAAAGGACGGGCCACUUUGUCAACUGUGGUCAAAGGAUAUUAUGGCAAAGCUUUGA